UUAUUUUCAUCUACCUUUUUUAUUAGCUAUUAUUUUUAGCUUAACAAUGAACAUUUCUUAAUAGAAUUAUUGAGAGAGUGUGGUUUAAUUUUGAUUAAAAACUUUUCUUUGUGAUAUAACGAUUGAAUAAUUGAUGAAUUAUAUUUUUGUUGAAGUAACUGCAAUGUAAAUAAUUUAUUUGCAUACUAUCAGAAUACUUUAUCAUUGUUUCUGGUAGAAAAACCUACAUUGCUAUAGUAAUGGUCUUGUUUAGAAAUUUUAAAUUGAUCAUUCUCUAGUGAGAUUUCUGAGGGUGUUUUUUAAACCAUUUUUAUUUCUUUUGAAUAAAUUUAGAAGCAAUAAUCCUUAGCCAUGGCAAAUGUCACAGAAUGCCAUGUGAAAAAACCAGAACAGAUAGAAAAACAGGAUGUGUGUAAGUCUGAUCAUGGAAAAGGUACUGAACCAAAUCCUCCUUUCUUGCCCCAAAAGUUGGAUUCUUACCCUGCGCCAGAACCUGGACCGAUGGGUCCUGUUGGUCCAUGGGCCACAGGUAAGGUAGAAUGGAAUCCCAUGGCCGGAAUUACAGGUACACGACCUGUUGUCGACCACUACUCUAUCACAAGAUAUUCUGACGGUGAAUGGAGGAAGCAUAAUGAGGAAGUUCUCUGCUGCACUGCUGAUGAUCUUCACAGGGUUAAUAUGGCAGAUUAUAAUAGUCGAAGGGGGUUAGAGAGUAUAUCAGCAGUUGCAGACAAAACUCAAGAAACCUCAACGAACAGACUUAAAGAACGUUCUUCAGAACUACUUCGUUGGAAAACGGAGGUUGAGCAAGAAAUAAGAUCUUCAGUGGAUGAAGUAAGACUUCUUGGAAUGCAAAGACGUCGUGCUAUUCAAGCAAGAAAUGUCCUUGGACUCUGUAGGUCAAUCAAUGGAGAAUGUUUGACAAGAAGAGGAUUCAGGGAUGGAUAUGAUUUAGCAAGAGACAAAGUAGAGGAAGAAUUAAUCAAAGAGGCAGCAAUGAUUGCAGAAAUAGAUAUGCUAAUUACAAACACAAUAAGAAAAAUUGACGAACAACAAGCUGCAAAUAAGUCAAUGAAGGAACGUUUAGAAGGUGACUGGUCUGAUAGAAAUGAAGCAUUUAUUUUGACAAAUGAAAACAUCUACCUUAAAAAUGAUUCACCCACGAUCUUGUUUAGAGCGGCAGCUGCUAGAUUUCCAGAACAUCAAUCAUCCGAAGAAGGCUGGGAAAAGCACACUAGGGAACUAUUGGGUAUGGCAGCCGCUGUGAGGGGUCAGUCGGCAGAGCUGAGAGCGCUGUUGAAUGGACCUAUUCUGCAGGAUGCCAUGCGAGACUUGAAGCAACAAGCUGAGACCGUGGAUAUCACUUUGGCAAGGGGAAUCGCAGAUCUCGAACAGUGUAUCAAUGCUAUGCACCAAGAGCUUGCAGUGGUAGUUAGAAGAAAUGCUGAAAGUGAAACACUUAUGUUUGACCUUCAACAUGGAAUAAGAGCAUUAGAUAAAGCAAUGAAAGUAGCUCAGACAAGAUUGGAUAAUUACCAAUUGAGACCAGGUGUUGAAAACUGCAGAGAUAAAUCGAUGUUCAGCCUCAUCGAUGAGGUGAAAUCAGUUGGAGAGCAAAGCACUUCUAUGAAAGGGCAGCUUCAAGAGGCGGAAGAAGCUCUAUUAAAUUUAAUUAACUCGAGAUCAACUUUGGAGAAAGAGCUUAAAAACAAAUUGAAAACAUUGGAUAUUGACAGAAAUAGAUGCCAAGCGUGUAGGUCACAAUAUCCAACAGCAACUGCCAUGUCUGGUUUCUAAUAAAUUUAUG